UUGGUGUUGCUAUUCACUGUCUAGGUUGCAAAUUAUAUGGCAUGCUAAUAAAAUUGAUGUAUAUUGUAGUUGGAAAAUGAGCGAAGAAUUAGAAUUGGUUUCUUAUAUAACGGAAGAAAACAGAAGAAGAAAGAGAAGAAGGAUUGUAUUGACUGAACAAUACUUCCACUCCGUUCUUCUUGCUAUGGCGUACCUUAGCUCACAAAGGGCACCGAGGGAAUUAGGAAGCUUUAAUGAUGAUGAGCAUAAACUGAGUUUAAGAAAGUACCUGCUAAAAGAUAUGUAUGAUGGCAGCGAAGUAGCAUGCUAUGAUCAACUUCGUUUAACUAAAAGGAACUUUCAUGAUUUGUGCACUAUAUUGCGUGAGAGGUGUGGUCUCCGUGGUAGUGUGUUUGUUUCUGUGGAAGAAAAGGUUGCCAUGUUUUUGCUAGUAGUUGGUCACGGUCUGAAAAUGAGGUUGCUGCGAGGUCAGUACAAGAGGUCGUUAUGGACUAUUAGCACACACUUUUCAGAAGUGUUAACAGCCAUUCUCUCUCUCCAUGCGGAGUUUAUUAAGCUUCCUGAUCCAUCUAUUGAAGCUCCAAAUGAUUACAAAUGGAAGUGGUUUCCUGAUGCACUUGGGGCAUUAGAUGGUUGCCACAUUGAUGUUUGUGUUGAUGUGGCUGACCAAGGGCGGUACAGAAAUAGAAAACAAGUCUACACCACUAACAUGCUAGGCGUUGUUGACUGGAAUAUGAAAUUUCUGUAUGUCUUACCUGGCUGGGAGGGUUCAGCAUCCGACUCAAGGGUCUUGCGUGAUGCAAUGAGAACAAGCCGAGAAGAUGCAUUUGUUGUACCACAUGGAAAAUAUUACUUAGCCGAUGCUGGUUAUACAAAUGGACCUGGCUUUCUAUGUCCAUACAGAUCCACUCGUUAUCAUUUGAAAGAGUGGGCAGCGAGUCAACAACAUCCUCAAAAUUAUCAAGAGUUGUAUAAUUUGCGUCAUUCUCGUGCUAGAAAUUGUGUUGAGAGAACUUUUGGGUUAUGGAAGAAAAAGUGGGCUGUUCUACGUUGUCCUAGCUUCUUUGACAUAAAGGACCAGGUUCGAAUUAUUAAUGCUUGUUGUGUGUUGCACAACUUUGCACGUGAUAGGCAGCAUAUGAUGGACGACUUGUUGCUGCCGGAAGUGGAUAGUGAAAUAGCGGCUCAACCCAUUGAGCCUGUAGAUGAUGUUGGUUACAUUAGAACUGUUCAAAUGACGGCUGAAUGGAACAUAUUUAGAAAUGAUUUAGCGGACGACAUGUUUGCUGAUUAUCUUGUGGCCCAUGCAGAAUUAGAUGUGUAG